CUGCUGUCCUGCGUUAACAUUGUUGUGGAACGACGUCACAGCUCGAAAAUGAAGGCGCAGAGGCAGCCAUUACUGGAGCUUCUCUAAUUAUUUUAUUCCAAAUAAAUACUCGAGGGAAACUCCCAUGGCAAGAGCUACAAGUCAGUUGUAUGAUGUUGUGCCCAUUCAGCCCAGUGUUGUCAUCUGUUCCUGCUCGCAUCCAUCAAUGGUAAGAAACCACCCUGACUCCUGCUCGCCACUUGCUAUCCCAGGCGCAAGCAGUAGCCACUGUCCCAGCAUGGAGGGCUCAGCCUCAGAUGCUCGAGCUGUGGGAACGUCUGCCAGCAGCCAGGUCUCAGACCUCCGCCCACAGCCGGCUGUGCAGACCCCUCAGCCACGCAAGAAGAAGCCAGAGGACUUCAGAUUCGGCAAGAUACUGGGAGAGGGCUCCUUCUCAACGGUUGUCCUGGCAAGAGAGCAGGUAACGGGGAAAGAAUAUGCAAUUAAGAUUUUAGAGAAGCGCCAUAUUAUGAAGGAGAACAAGGCCCAGUACGUGAAAAGAGAAAGGGAUUUGAUGUCAAAUCUAGAUCACCCAUUCUUCGUCAAACUAUACUUCACAUUUCAAGAUGAUGAGAAGUUGUAUUUUGGUCUCAGCUACGCCAAGAAUGGAGAGCUCCUCAAAUACAUUCGCAAAAUUGGUUCAUUUGAUGAAACCUGUACUAGAUUCUACUCGGCUGAAAUAGUUUGUGCUCUAGAAUACUUGCACAAUAAGGGGAUAAUACACAGAGAUCUGAAACCAGAGAAUAUUCUUCUGAGCGAAGAGAUGCACAUCCAGAUAACAGAUUUUGGGACAGCAAAACAGUUAUCAUCAGACAGUAAACAAGCAAGAGCAAACUCCUUUGUUGGAACAGCACAGUAUGUGUCUCCAGAGCUGCUAACAGAGAAAUCUGCCUGCAAGAGCUCGGACCUCUGGGCUUUGGGAUGUAUUAUCUAUCAACUGGUGGCUGGUUUACCACCGUUCAGAGCUGGAAAUGAGUACCUAAUAUUCCAGAAGAUAAUCAAGCUGGAGUAUGAAUUUCCAGAGAAAUUCUUCCCCAAAGCCAAGGAUCUCGUCAGACAGCUUUUGUCACUGGACCCUUCCAAGCGGAUUGGCUGCGAAGAGAUGGGAGGGUACGACCCUUUGAAACAGCACCCUUUUUUCGAUACCAUCUCCUGGAGUGACCUACACCUACAGACGCCCCCCAAGCUCACCCCCUAUCUGCCAGCCAUGUCCGAGGAUGAUGAGGACUGCUACGGAAAUUACGAUGAUCUCCUGAGCCAGUUCAGCAACAUGCAGGUGGCCCAGUCCAGCUCAUCACACUCCCUGUCGCCACAUGAAUCCACACCCCCAAAGAGGUCCAGCAGCAACAUCGAGCAGUACAUCCACGACCUGGACAACAACUCCUUUGAGCUGGACCUGCAGUUCACUGAGGAGGAGAAGCAACUACUGCUGGAUAAACAGACCACUGGAAACCUCUGGCACCAGUUUGUGGAGAAUAACCUGAUCCUCAAAAUGGGUCCAGUCGAUAAACGAAAGGGUCUGUUUGCUCGGCGGAGACAGCUACUUCUUACGGAGGGACCACACCUGUACUACGUGGAUCCUGUUAACAAGGUCCUGAAAGGGGAGAUUCCAUGGUCCCUAGAGUUACGCCCUGAGGCCAAGAACUUCAAAACCUUCUUUGUUCACACGCCUAACCGAACAUACUAUUUGAUGGACCCCAGCGGAAAUGCUGACCGAUGGUGCAAGAAGAUCCAGGAAGUGUGGAGAAAGAUCUAUCAAAGGCACCAAAACCCUGGCCUAUAGGAGUACAGUUCCUCCUGUGGCCACUCCUCUUUAGCUCUGAGGCCAAUCACUGAGCAGAGUAACACCCUCUUUAGUGCCCUUCAUCACCGCAGUGUAAACAAACUCUUAGAGACGCUGGCAUCUAGACCUUGUUUGUUUUCCUGAGUAGAACCAUGGGAAAAAUACAACUUUGGAUUCAGGGUUGCUUUGCUUGUUCUUUGUGCUCUCUGUGAGGCUUCUAUUGCAUUUUUUCCAUGUAUGGAUGAUAAGACUGCCACCAUGCACAUCUGCUUUUUGUACAGUCUGCAGGAGGAAUAAGAAGGGCAAGCUUGUCCUGUAGAGUGAAACAAGCUUGGGUACUGCUAGGACUAUCUCAAAUGCAAGGACUGGUUUCCUGCUUCAAUGAUACCAUAACACAAAAUCUAGCUUUUGUGAACCAGAGCCUAUCCUGUUAUCUUAAUUAAAACCAUAUCCUAAUCCUACAUCGUAUGUGCAAGCUGUAGUCAGGGCCCACUUCUAGUGCAUAUACUCCAUAGUUGUAACUAAUAGUGUAAGCUGAUUCAGUCUCACACGUUUACCAAACUCAAAUCCUACACAUACAUACAUAUAUAUUUUUUUGUCAGAGCCCAAAUGUUCCCAUGGUAUUUGAGUUGUUUUUUUUGUCUCUUGGUACUUGCUUAUUGCAGUCCAGUUAAGGUAACAAAGCAGAGUGCUGGUCUGCAGUGAGACAUGGGUCUGAAUAAGUCUCUGUACAAGUGUGAGCCUUCCGUAGCUGUUACUGAGGAUGUAUUGCUAACAGGGGGUGGGUAAACAUGCCACUAGCUUGUACUUUCUAAUCAUAACUUGCUUAUCUUUCCUGCAUGGCCAGUUUUGUAGCUCCGCUUUGUCCGCUUCUCUCUCCUAGGGCACUGGAGUUAUAGGUUAUUCAAGUUUAAAGGUGGGUAUUUUUGACUGCAUUGGCAACCAUUGCGAAUAUUAUUGGAUGAUUUGGCUGUUCUGUACCAUUCACUGGCUAUUUCUUUGUGGUGUGAAUUCUUUCAAUUUACUUUUUUUUUCUUUUUCUGGUGGGAUAGUCGGCUCAUCUUCACUAUGUCCUAUUGAAAACAAAAUCUUAUGUGCUGACCACCCCAUGCUGAACAGAAAACUUUCAUCAACAGAGAUACAUACACAUACUAUCAUUCUCGGAAGCAAUCACAAUAAAGCUGUCGUCCCUGGACAAGGUGGCAGAACUGCCUCGUUGGGCUUCUUAGCCCAUAUUUUUGUUUUGUUUUUGUUUCAUUCUGACGUUUGGCCCAAUAGAAAUUAAAGCGAUUGAUUUAACUUGUGCUCUUGUUUUAGCAAUAUGUAUUAUCAUGAUGCUUUUAAUUUUUGACAUAAUACCUUAAGGUCCUUCCCAAAGGUCCUCUUCCUUCAGCUGAGUCUGUUUGUGCAGUGUGUGACUGGAGUAUAGGUGAAUAGGACCCUCAGGCCCUGGGGCCCGGGGCUCGAUGUGGUUGGAUGUCAGUUAAAGGAUAUCUAUCUGAUCCAAAUAACCGAUGAAAAUUGCUGUAUCUGUCUAUAAAGUUGAGAAAGCACUAGAGAAGUGUUUUCCUCUAGUUAGAGAAAUUGUUUGAAUCAAGUCGAUGGCAGUCGGUUACAUUGUGUAUGGAAAACUCUACCUGGCUUGUAACUGACUAGAACUGUGAUGUACAGAUGAUGUAUUAUUAAAAUCUGAAGCAAGUAAUGCAAUGAUAUUAGGAUACAGUUUUUGUAUUUUUAUUCUUGUAUAAGGUUAUUUGAUGGCUAUUGUUUAGCCUCUAGUUCAUUCUGUGUUAUUUAAAUUCUAAUAUAUGAAUCAUAUUUGGAUUGAAGUCAUGUUCAGGGGCCAUGUUGUGUAUGUAUUGAGAUGUAAAGCCUUUGAAUGUGAAUAAUUAUUGUAAACUAUAAUAUUUUACAGCUUUUUUCUUACUAUAUCAUACAUUUUCUAUUUGCUCAGUGAUUUAAUCAUAUUCUGAUAAUUUAAUGAAUCUGUUCAUUCUCUCUCUGAUUAUUUGUGCGCUAGGUCAGUAGAUGUUGAAUGAUGAAUUUUCCACUUAAUGCUUGGUAGUCCAGUAAUUAAAGCAUGUAGGGAUUUAGGCAAACAAAUAAAGCCAUGUGUCCUGUCUUCUGUUAACAACCACAGUCAAUGACACAGGGAAAUCAAUGGCAAUGGCAUCUCACGUUUUGUUUUUUGUUUUGCAGCAGCAGCAUGUAAAUAAAGUACCGGCCCCGUUCUCA